UUAUCUGCAGAUGAAGAGCAUAUUAAAUCAGAAUAUUCAAAUAUUACAAUUACAGAAUUUGUUCUUUUAGGAUUUUCUGAUAUUCCUCAACUACGGUGGAUUCUGUUUGGGAUAUUUUUGCUCAUGUACUUGACUAUUCUGAUCUGCAACAGCGUUAUAAUGCUAAUAACAAGAACUGAUGAAACUCUUAAGACACCUAUGUAUUUUUUCCUUAGCAAUUUUUCUUUUGUGGAAAUCUGCUAUGUGACUGUCACUAUCCCAAGAAUGCUCAUGGACCUAUGUACCCAAAAGGGGACUAUUUCUUUGGUGUCCUGUGCUGCACAGCUCUGUUUUGUCAUUAUGCUUGGAGGCAUGGAGUUCCUCCUUCUCACAGUGAUGGCCUAUGACCGCUAUGUGGCCAUUUGCAGCCCCCUGCACUAUGCUGUAAUCAUGAACCAUCGGGUCUGCAUGCAGCUUGUGGCUGGCUGCUGGAUCAGUAUCAUUCCAGUUGUGACUGGACAAACAUACCAAAUUUUCUCUUUGCCUUUUUGUGGAUCUAACAAAGUUAAUCACUUCUUUUGUGAUGUUCCACCUCUACUCAGUCUUGCUUGUGGAGACACAUUUGUGAAUAAUUUAGCAAUCUAUGUUGCUUCUAUAGUAUUUAUUAUGGUUCCUUUUGUUUUGAUCAUUGUCUCAUAUGGAAAAAUUAUCUGCAACAUUCUGAAGCUGUCAUCAGCUGGAGGUAGAUCUAAAGCCUUCUCCACUUGCUCCUCUCACCUGAUAGUUGUAAUUUUAUUCUAUGGAACAGCUAUUAUCACUUAUGCACAACCCAAAGCAAAUCAACCAGAAGGAAUGGGGAAGUUGUUGUCUCUUUUCUACACCAUUUUGAUCCCACUGUUGAAUCCAAUUAUAUAUACUCUGAGAAACAAGGACAUCAUGGUGGCAUUGAAAAAGCUGCAAAGUAAGAUUUACUGGGAAUCACUAGAGGAACUGGGGUGA